AGCCAAGCUGGUGUUAUGUAACUGGUCCACUGCUCCUCAUCCUGAUGUGGAGUUACCAGCUUUACAGGCAGCGGCUCUGUGGGCUUGGAGAAUGGUCCCGCGGUGCGUCUGCAGAUCUUUAAGAAAAGUGGCCUUUAUAGCUGAUCGUUGGCCAAAGAACUGUCUUACAGCCGUAAACCUACUGGAAAACUGACCUUCAACACUGCCAGGAUCUUUGGUUGGUUAAUGUUCAACUCUGGAAGCUCACCGGUGUGCACGGGGAAUUUGCAAAUGUGACUUGUGCGUUUAGAUUUUUGAAAGCAGCCAGACGGACGGCCAUGGGCAGUGGGACAAGCCGGGGGAAGAAAGUUGCACCCGCGUGCGUCAGCGAGGUGAAGGUGACCAAAACGACUGCCGGUGUCACUCCCUCCGAACAGGACAGCCGUCCAUUCAAGCCUCUCCAAAUACACGCGAUGUUGCGCAACGCGCGCAACCGUGCGCAACCGGACUGCCACAGCGAGGGACACGACUCUGACUGUUCUCGGGAGGACGAUGACAUCGAAGGAGAGAUGGAUACCUUUCUCACAGAUUGCAAGGAGCGAGGGAAAGCUGCGACACGUCGUCCGAAGAAGACGGCCCUCCGAUCCAAAACAUACGGACUGUGUCGUCAUUUCAGCCAGGAGGACGACGAGGAUCUCGGCUCAGCUCCUCGGUCCCCAGUCGAGGAGCCACGUGGUGGAUCAGGCGAUGUAAACAAGAGGAGCGGGGACUCGUUCACGCCUGUCUGCCCCAGUCAGCGCAGUUCCUCCUCUCGGGGCUGUUUGACAAGAGGGGCUUUCUUGGAAGCUGUUCCCACAUCAGAAAAACAAUCGGCUUGUGGCAGUGCCAUGCCACUCAUCCUGUAUGAUGGAUCGGAAGAAGAGCUGAUGGACACUAUUGAGAAAGAGUUUAGUUGACCCCCAGCUGAGAGUGCUGCAGCAAAGCGGUUGUUCCUUUUCAGCUGCCUUUGUGAAAUACAGCAGUUUGCAAAAGAAAUCAUAAAAAAGAAAUAGAAAAAGGGAAGCAGGGUUUCUUUUGACAACGUCCUGCUACUAAGGAAGGCUACGUUUAUUGUAUUCAAGCAGGAUUUACAAUGCGAUGUUGUUUGUAUUGUACUUAAUGCCUCUGCAUUUACCCAAGUCUUAUUUACCAACAUGAAGCAGAGUUAAAACACCAACUUGAACAGGUGCCAGGAGGUUCUCCUCACAGACCAGGUCUGACAUCAGCCUCCUCGGUUUGUUGUCUGCAGUGGCACGGUGUCACUGUCACCCCCCACUGCUGGCCUCCCACAGAGAACACACCUUAUGUGUUACCUAUUAGUUACUUAACUUUAACUUGUCUGUUAAUAAGUUAAGGAGAAAGCACAGAUAUCUCCAUGGUUUCUAAAACUGAAAUAGCACGUACAUUCUUGUGGCCAAACUUUAGGCAAAAAUACAAUUUUCCACAGCAGUUUUGUGCAUUCAGUGGAAUGUAUAGGGUAUAGUUUUUCAUAAUUGGACACCCUGCAAAGGUAUGAGUUGGGAUUAUUUAUUUAAGGUUACCUUCCUGACCACAGUUCCUGCACUUUUCCACUCUUAUGAAGAAGGAAUGUGUGACACAGUCAGGCUCAGUUUGACUCAGCUGCGUUUCAGCCACAUUCAAACGUAAAGGCUGCUGCCACCUAGUGGUGGAACCCGGAGGGUGUGUGCAUGAACACACGCUUGACUAUUGAUGUUAUAAUCUGCAUUUGUCAUUGUUUAACAAAGGGUAAAUCCCAAUCAAAAAUGUAGAAGAUUUUUUGUAAUUUUGUUUUAUAUUGGAAAUAAAAACGUAUUAUUGCUUUA